AUGGAAUUCAACACACAAUACCGAACACAGUCCAGAUACGAGUUCUCUCUGGGGUGCAAGUGGAUUCAGAACGGCCAGUACAAGUCCAAAAGCAAGGUGACCCUUAAUCUGCUGAAACAAAUGGGGGGAGAGCUCGUGAUAAACAGCACCGUGCCAUUCCGUUACACCGUUCCCCCGCAUUCACAGAAGGGGGAUGAUAUCUUGGUUUUAUACGAAGCUCAUAACCAAAUCGGCAAGCUGUAUAUUAGAAACUGGGACAAUCUGACGUCUGUCUCGUGGAAUAGGGAACAUCUGGAGAUGUUUCAGAGCGCCAUCCAUCGGCAAUCUGUGGAACUUGGAAAAUGUGUGGAAGACGCAGUGCAGGAAGAGAUGACUAUCUCGGGCGAUAUGGGACUUCAAGGCAAUACGACUAAGAGGAUGAAGCGGUAUUUUAAGAAACUUGAAGCUUAUUUGAAAAGCAAGAAUUAUACUGCUAAUGCGUGGGAGACGAUCAGAACACAAAUCUGGAAAUUUGUGAUUCAACUGGACCUGCUCGCCGCUGCUAAUAAGCGCUUCACGGAGUGA